AUGGCAGACAAAGUUAUGGACGGUCAGGAGAAAGAUUCAGGGGAUCAAGUAGGUCAACGUGACCCUAGUGCUCAAAGUCAAUCGGAUAUCAUGCAGGCUCUUGCACGGUUUAUUGAGUUUCAAACGGGUGCACAAGCAAGCUCAUCAAAUCAGCCACGUAGUACCGUUCAUGAACAGUUUAUGAAACUUCAACCUCCAACAUUCUCUGGUGGUGUGGAACCAUUGGAAGCAGAGGAAUGGCUAAAGAGGAUGGAGUCUAUUUUCGAUGUUAUGAGUGUUUCUGAAGAUCAAAAAGUUACUCUUGCUCCUUUCAUGUUAAAAGAUCAAGCUCGAUUUUGGUGGGAAGCUACGAAAGGGUUGCUGACUACACCAGCAAUUGGGGAACCGGAGCCUCCAAUGCCAAAAAAAGUUACUUGGAAAGAAUUUAUUGCGGCCUUCAAUGAUCAAUACUUUCCUCUGUUGUAUCGAUAUGAUAUGGAGCACGAGUUUUCAAGUUUGAGGCAGGGAAGUAUGUCUGUUGCUGAAUAUGAUGCUAAAUUCAUCAAAUUAUCUCGGUUUGCACCAGACUUAAUCCGUACAAAGGAUGCUAAGUGUAGAAGAUUUUAG